GUGGUCGUCAGCCGCACAGCCUAAUUUGGACGACGUAUAAUUCAGAAAGAGGCCACCAUUGCUGAGCUUAUCCCUCUCCACUCUCUCAACCACGGUCGGAAGAGGCCACCACAGACUACCACCCAAGGGUUUGACAUCGAGACAUUUGCGAUGAAGUUCAGCUCGUCGUUGAAGUUUAAUGCCGUCGUCGAGUGGUGGGAUGAGUACAUUGCUUACGACACCCUCAAGAAAUACAUCUACCAACUCGAGAAACAACAACACGAAGCUCGUAUCGCUGCUCAAGCCCGGCACGAUGACCCCGAAGCCGCCGACGAACACACCGCCCUCUUUCCCUCUUCCGACCCCUCCCAAUCACCCGAUACAGACGCGGUGUUUCGUCCGCUACUUGACACUGAACUGCGAAAAAUCUCUUCGUUCUACCAGUCGCAGGAGAAAGAGCUGUUGCAGGAGUUGAGGGAGCUGGAAGACUUGGUGGAGAGUAUGGAUAGGAAUGGGGUGGGUGAGGGCGUGGUGAUGUAUGAGGAUGGGGACGAUGAUGACGAUGAUGAUGACGACGAUGAGGAUGACGAGGAUUGGAACGAUAGUCCUGUGAGGGAGAGGAGUACGGGUAGGGGUGUUUCGGCGGGGCGUAAUGGCUCGCAGAGAGGCAAUUCGAAGAGGAGACGAGGGAGUAGUUCGUUGGGAAGGAAGUCAGGGCAUGCGAAAGAAGUGACAUCACCUCGACUACGUCGCGUUAGUUUAUCUUCCACGGAGGAAAACACUGACCUUGAACAAUCACUCGCCUCUCUCCGUCAAGUACAUCUUCAAUCCCCGGGGAUGUUUCCAACAACGGUCCCGGAGGGCGAGGAAAUCUUGCCUCAUGACGGACCCUCCUCUUCCGUCCUUCCUCCACCGAUCAACACGAAACACAUCACCGGGACCGGAUCAGGAAAGACAAAGAGUCUAGCGAGGAAGUUGGCCUCAAGUAUCGCCUCGUUAGGCGGUUCACCACAUCCGCCAUUGGGAAGUGAGAGCGCAAGCAGUCCGGUAGGCGGGAGGCCAGAGACGAUAUGGAAUUCGAAGAGCGCGUAUGCGACGGAUACGCAGUUGUUGUUCAAGAGGAGGAUCACGAAUCUUUACGUACAGACGAGCGCUUUGAAGCAGUAUGUGGAGUUGAACUAUUCAGGAUUCAGGAAGAUUUUGAAGAAGUAUGACAAAGUCACGGAGAACUCUCUUCAAUCACACUUCAUGCACACCAUACUCGAACCUACACCUCCCUUUGACGCCGACUCUCGCUCCCGCCUUACACAAGCCUCAUCUUCCCUCCUCUCCCUCUACUCGAAAUGCGUAACACACGACGACUUCGCCCUCGCUCGUCGGCAACUCAAACUCCACCUCCGCGAACACAUAGCGUGGGAACGCGACACAGUUUGGCGUACCAUGAUUGCACGUGAGCGCCAUGGGACAGGCGGCGGUGGCGAGACCUCUGGCAUAAGGAUAGAGGAUGGCGAAGAGGAGAAAGGCGUCUUGUUGGAUGUGGGGACACCUGUAGGGAGAUUCAGACUUAGCCGGAAGGUUGUGUGGUUGCUUCUGGCAGGUGUCGUGGGGCUGGUGUUGGGCAAUGUGGAGUGCGUGGAGGGUAGGGAGGCGAAUACGUGUUUGGCGAUAUUGGUGUUUGCGACAAUUCUCUGGGCGACAGAGGCAAUACCGCUGUUCGUCACGUCUACAGCGGUGCCUCUACUCCUAGUUUGUUUCCGUGUCGUUCGUAACGCUGAGACUGAGGAAGCACUAUCCGCACCCGACGCCACAAAAUGGGUUUUCUCCGUUAUGUUUUCGCCAACCAUCAUGCUCCUGAUCGGUGGUUUCACCAUCGCAGCCGCCCUCUCAAAGACCAGCAUCGAUCGUGUACUCAUUACACGGGUGCUAAGUCUGGCUGGGACUAGGCCAAGCGUGGUGUUGCUCGCAGUCAUGGGGGUGGCAUGUUUUGCGAGUAUGUGGAUUAGUAACGUGGCAGCCCCAACGCUUUGCUUUACACUUGUUCGGCCCAUCCUUCGUACUCUCCCGCCACACUCUAGCUUCGCUCCUUGUCUUAUCCUCGCCAUUGCCCUGGCAGCCAAUAUCGGUGGUCAAUCUUCGCCCAUAUCAUCCCCUCAAAACCUAAUUACUCUCAACGCCAUGGACCCCAAGAUCGAUUGGGGCCGCUGGUUCGCCGUCUCCCUCCCCGUAUCUGGCGUCUCCAUCUUCCUUAUCUGGCUUCUCCUCCUCGUCUCCUACCGACCCGCUCGUCUCCCCGACGCGACCGAUACUUCUUUUGCCGCCUCCAUCGGCCUGGGCAAUGGUGGAAGGAAAGGUGAGGUCUUGGAGAUCAAGAGCAUCAGGCCGAGUCGGGAGAGGUUUUCGCCGAAGCAGUGGUAUGUGGCGGUUGUGACCCUGGGGACUAUUGUGCUUUGGUGUGUGGAGAGCUUGAUUGAGGAUUACGUCGGCGAUAUGGGAGUCAUCGCUAUCAUACCUAUUCUGGCGUUCUUUGGGACAGGGGUGUUGAAGAAGGAUGAUUUUGAGCAGUUUUUGUGGAGCGUCGUGUUCAUUGCCAUGGGCGGUAUCGCGUUGGGCAAAGGCGUCACGUCCAGUGGGCUGCUAGACAAGAUGGAUGUCCUCAUACGCGAAGUCGUCGAUGGCCUGUCUCUCUACAGUGUCGUGCUUGUUUUGUCCUUCAUCGUUCUCGUCAUCUCAACCUUCAUCUCCCACACCAUCGCCUCCGUCCUCCUCGUCCCCAUCGCCAAAGCCGUAGGAUCCAACCUCCCCGGUGAUCAAUCUAAUCUUCUCAUAUUCAUCACCGGCCUCAUCUGCUCUACCGGUAUGGGUAUGCCUGUUUCCGGGUUCCCAAAUCAGACUGCAGCUACGCAGGAGGACGAGAUGGGCCAGCCGUACCUUUCGAACGUAGACUUUUUGAAGAACGGAGUGCCGGCUAGUAUAGUUGCUACGUUGGUGGUUGCGACGCUUGGUUUCGCGAUCAUGAAGCUCAUCGGGAUAUAAUGGCCUCCUUCUCGGUCGACAAUGAACCAAAUACUACGCGCUACACAGUCUUGGACGCUCUACUAGACGGAAUAGAAGACACCACGCGCGCUCAAGCAGUGGCAGCAGCAUCCCAGGUUUCGGACGCUUAUAUUAUCGUGCCAUAUCUAUAUCUGAUUCAAGAUUCUCGCAUCUAAAUGGAACCCUUCCUAGUCUGUUUCAUGCGGGCGCUUCACCUGCUGCCUUGGAAUGAUGCUGCUUCUGUCGAGACGCCUGGCACGAUGGCAUGGGACAUGAUUCUCGUUAGGUGCGCGCUUCAGGCCGUGACAUGGAAUGAUGUGCUUUUAUCUGCGCGUCGGGCGUGUCAGUUUGGCGUAUCGCCAUGUCGAUAAAAUUGAUUGUCAGCUCGGGUCAGUCGAGGGCCCGAGGUUGGUAGCAAAGUGUUUCUGUGUGGCACCUUCCCUGGAAGAGAAGAGAGCGCCGC